UAGAAGCGGAGGGAAGUGUGCGUCGGUCGACUGAUGUUGAGCAGUUUGUUGAGAAGCAAAAAUAUAAACUGGCAUCGGAACAAUUAAUAAAUCAGGUGGGAUUGUUGGAAGAGUGGAUAGGUGAUGGCAUCUCACACAAACGACGAGAACAAACGAAAAAUCACUUGAGAAUAAAAUAAGUGGAGAACAAACGCUGACAUCUGUGCGCAUGUAGGUAAACCAUGGUGAAGGAAAAAAACGCUUGGUGGAUUUUGGAUCCUAAAGACCAUCUGUUACACAUCAAUGUGGGUGGCUUGAGAAACACUCUAUGCUCAAGCAUUCUGAAGAAGUUUCCGGACACACGUCUAGGGCAACUUCUGUCUUGUGACUCUGAGGAUGACAUUCUACAGCUCUGUGAUGACUUUGAUGUUCAACGGAAAGAGUUUUACUUUGACCGUAACCCUGGCCUUUUCCCUUAUGUCCUGCACUUUUACCAGACUGGUAAGCUGCACAUUAUGGAAGAGCUAUGCAUUUUUUCCUUCUCUCAGGAAAUUGAAUACUGGGGCAUAAGUGAUUUUUUUCUAGACAGCUGCUGUAGUUACCGUUAUCUUGAUCGCAAACUGGAGAGACAUCACAAAAGCUGGGAUGAAGAAAGUGAUGUUAGCAGUGUAGAUACAUCGGUUGAUGAAAUUUCUGAUCUGAACAAAGACAUCGAGCACUUCCAUGAAAUGCGUUUUGGAAACAUUCGGAAGUGUCUGUGGCUAACACUGGAAAAUCCCGGAUAUUCAAUCCCAAGCAAACUUUUCAGCUUGCUUUCCAUUUGUGUGGUGUUGAUAUCAAUUGCUACCAUGUGCAUUAAUAGCAUUCCAGAAUACCAGAAAUUCGAUGAAAAUGGUAAUCUAAUUGAAGACCCAACUAUGCAUGUUUUAGAAGUGUUCUGCAUCUGCUGGUUUACCUUUGAAGUAGUAACACGUAUGCUUCUUGCUCCAAACCAUCGUAAAUUCUUCCUGCUACCACUUAAUGUGAUUGAUAUAAUCUCAGUCAUGCCAAUUUACAUCACAAUCUUUUUUGAUAUGCUCAUUGGAAGCGAGUCUGAGCUGGGCAACUUGGGAAAACUGGUCCAGGUGUUGCGGCUAAUGAGAAUCUUCAGGGUGCUGAAGUUGGCCAGGCAUUCAACAGGUUUAAGGUCUCUGGGUGCUACAUUACGGCACAGCUACAGAGAGGUUGGGAUCUUAUUGCUCUACCUGGCAGUGGGUGUAUCUGUGUUCUCCGGAAUGGCUUACACUGCAGAAAAUGAGGAAGAUGUUGGUUUGGACACGAUCCCAGCUUGCUGGUGGUGGGGGACAGUUAGCAUGACAACAGUGGGAUAUGGAGAUGUGGUGCCAGUGACAGUGGCGGGAAAGCUAGCAGCAUCUGGCUGCAUCCUUGGUGGCACAUUAGUUGUGGCGUUGCCCAUCACCAUCAUUUUCAACAAGUUUUCACAUUUUUAUCGCAAACAGAAAGCUCUUGAGGCCUCAGUGAGAAACAACAACAACAAGAAGUUUGUAAUGAGACAACAGAGAAAUAGUGGAGACAGUGCAAUACAUGGGCAUAUCCACUGCUUGGAGGAUGAAGAGAUGGAUGAAGAUGUGGAUUUUGAUACAGGAGUUGUCAACUUUUGCUAUGAAGACCAUCCAUUAACAUAUACAGUCCGAUGUGUCCAUUAACCCAAGAAAACCCCAAAAAAAGUGACUAGUACUUUAAUAUUAACAAAGUCAUUAUCCUAUAUUAAACAUCAUAUUCUGACUGAAGAUACAGAUAGGAAAAAAUUAAGGGAAUUUCUGGACAUUCUGAUGCCACUUGUCCCAUUUAAAGGAAGAGCAACAGCCAAUCAGUUCAACCGAUGUUUUUCAAACAGAAUGCUGUAUUAUGAAGAGAUUGUGUCCUUCCUAGAGAAGUCCUUAUGAAUCUUAUAGGCUAGAGACAUCCUCAGCAUUAAACAGCAAGAUCCGUAAGUCAGUCGUAAGCACUUAGACUAAAAUAUCAUUCUAUUAUUUGAAUUUCUGUUAAUGUUAUACAAUGGAUAAAAACUGUCUGUGGUAUUCCAUUAGCUUUAGUUUUGGGGACCCACAUUGCUGCAAAACUUACAAAUUCACCUGCAUUCAGACGUGAUCGAUAAUGGUGUACAAAAUUGGAUUCCUGUCCUUGAAGAAGGCUCGACCCCAGGCUGAAGGGCUGUAGGCAGUUAUGGAUAAUAUCUUAUGCGGGUACAGCGCAGUGGCUGCUGCUUACAGUAUAUAUGUUCUUCUUAAUGUUGAUAAUGUUUGACAGGACUAAAUGAGUAGGCUCUGCUCAAAUUCAGCUCUCUACUCAGCAUAAGAUUUACAGACAAUUAAUUGGGUAACUUAUUAAGACUUUCUAAAUGGACAAAAUGUGGUUCUCCAAAAAGAAGUGUAGACAUUUUGCAUUUUCUUAUUUACUUACAACUAAACUUUUUUUGGCAAAAAAAACAAAACUGGAAUUAUACUUUAAAUUAUAAGGCUCUACCUACCUACCUGCAUGGUUUUGAGAUAUUGAGCUUUACAGUGUUCAAAUUCCUUAAAGUAAAACUUAUAUGAGAUAAACAGACAAUUAUUGACAAAUGCCAAAUGUACAAUACCAGUGACAAUAUGCUCUAUUUUUUUUUUUUUUUUGUAGUUUUGUAAUCAGUAUUUUGUGUUGAACAAGAAAAAAGAAACCAUAAUGGUUUAAAACCAAAUGAAGGAGAAUAAAUUAUGAGGUAACUUUCAUUUUUGAACUUUUUAAUUUCUUAGCUAAUGUCUAAUAAUGUAUUAAAAUAAAAACAUUGUCAUUUUAUUGUUAAUAACAAGUAAAAUUCAGUUGUUUUAUUAACAUUAACAUACUGCAAUAAAUAAAACUGUAAUGGCUAUUUGUCACUGUUGAUGGAAAUGCAAUAAUGUUUACUAAUCUUUAUUGUUGAAAUCUAUUUUAAACCUUUACAUAACUAACAUACUGGAGAGGUAAUCUCACUAUACUAACUACUAACUAUAGAAAUACUAUAAAUACUUACACGCAUAACCUAAGACCGACUAUACAAGUAAUUUUACAUUAGGCACACAAAUACUGUGCAAGAUAUUGUACAAAAAUAAAGAAAACAAGUUGUGCAACAUGAUUUGUGGUACAUUCACAAAUGAACAUUGUUAUCCUUUUGAAGUUUUUGAAAGAUGGAGUUUAAGUAUUGUGGCCAGUACAUAAAGAGAGAAGAUUCUUUCUACAGGUGGUUUGUCAAACCCAUUUAUCUGUGUGAAGCACACUUAGAAAUCUAUAAUGUUUUUUAUAGAGAUACGAAGUGAUUAUCACUAUUUCCUUUUUACAGACUUUUGAUUGGCCAACAUGGCUUUAUGCUUAAGGCUGGUACACACCAAACCGACUUUAAACAACUAGCACUGACAAAACCCAACUGUGUUGUAGCCUUGUGUCGGCUCACAUCUGGUUCUGUCUUUCUACAAGUGCAAAGCAUGAAUUAACAUUCAGUACUCUCAUCAUAGUAAUUUCAUUCACCAUGGAGGGAUUUGAUUUUGCAAAUAUGUCUGAUAAUUUGGUAAUCCAUAUUGAUUGCAAGUAUUUGAGAAAUGUAACGAAAUUAUAGUCUGCCUCUUUGUGUUCCUUCUUGUCUUGAAUUGUCUACUUGCAACGUCACUUUAAUGUUACACUCAUGCUCUGAUUUGUUGCCGAAUAACCAGCUUGCUUUAGCCAAUGGCUGACAUCAAUUCGACAUAUUGAAUCAGGCCGAUGAGCUCAGAUAUUAACCCGACGUGUGGUCUCACCAAACCAACUAGCCUGACCAAUGGAAUGAAAGCCUAACAGCCAACCAUCGGCUCCUGACAAUAUGUCAAAGAGUGCUUUGUGGUGUCCUUUAUACAGCCUUUUGAUUGAGAAAUAUCAAGAGUUGGUCUGUGUAAUAAAGUUUAUGCUUUGACAGGUUCUCAUAUCUGCCACUGGAGGGCCAUUACCCUGCUAAAUUCAGCUCAAAUCUUGAUCAUGCUCUUAUCCACUAUGUACUUAUGCACUUACACAGUCAACAGCAUAGUUUAUGAAUAUAGUGUUGUGCCAAAUGGAACACUAAUGUUUUUUUUACUAAGUGAAAAUUCAAACCGUUUUCCAGAUGACGUUGGUCGGUUGCCAAAUUAAUAAAAUAAAUGUCCAAACUACCAAAUAAUACCUGCCAAGACUAUAGCUGCAUUUACCAUUGGGAGGCGCUAUAAUCACUCGUGUUUUUUGCUUUCACAAUCCAAAAUAAAUAAAGUAAUUCUACAUCAGUGCCCUUCUGCUACAUGAGCAAAACAGUGGCCGUUGAGUGUGUGAAGUAUCACUCCACACUUCAUUUUAGCGGUUGAUCAUCCUGGUAUUUAAAGUGCACUUAU